AUUCUGGGAAAUAGUUAGUUAAGCAGUCAAACUAUCUUUGGAGGUCUUUAUUUUCCCAGCUUUUAUUGCAGUCCCCUUGGGAGUUCAGGUUACAGGGCUCAGAGCCUUCUUUUUGAAAGCUUCCCCUGGGGUCUUGAAUGCUUUUUAAAAAGAUUCACCACAGAGACCUACCAAGUCUUUGUGCUCUGCUGUUGUACUCUGUGGCAACAUCUUGUCCCCUCAGCUGGAUCCUUGCAAGGUUAUGAUUCAAAAUUCGAUGCUAUCCCACUGAGAAAACUCGAUCGUCAAUUGUUCAAAAGAGCCAUAAAUGUUUUCCUAUCUAUUUUUGAAAAUUGAUGAAAAGAUUGAUACCAUGCUUAUCCCUACAUUAAAUAUGCAGCUUCCCAAACAUUACCUUACCCGAAACAUAGGAAAAUGAGAACGUUCUGUGGUGGGGAUGGUUUUUCUUGCAAACUGAGUUGUAAACUUUGGCUGCCUCGCUUAGCUCCAGAAUCAAUCCCUGGAUUGGAACUCAGCAGAACAGUGUUGUGCUAUUAAACAUAUUAGUUCCAAUGUGCUGUGGAAUACAAUAAAACCUCUUUUUUUUCAGUCAGUCUUGACAUCACUGUCUAACAAGGAGCUGUAAAAGUCCAGAGCCGGUCUUUGUCUGUGUACAGGCUCCAUGGAUACGAGCAACAGUCGGCCCUUGUCCUCUCUUUUUUUAAGGCUUUGCUUUUGAAAAGUGGAAGAAAAAGAGGAGGAUGCAACGUCUGUGUGUGUGUGUGUGUCUGUGUGUGUGUGUGUGUGUGUGUGUGUGUGUGUGUUUGUGUGUGUGUGUGGGUGCGUGCGUGCGUGCAUGUGUGUGUGUGUGUAUUUACCAUCUCUACAUAAUAAAGGCCCCUAAAACCUUACAACCCUCAAGCCACGUCUUUGUCUCAAAGUGUGGACCACAACACAGAUUUAACAGCCGCUGUAUUUGCACUGUGUCCAGUCCAAGCUUGUUCGGCCCUCUGGACUCUUUGGAGUAAACAGCUGCUUCAGACUGCAGGUAGUGGCAGCAUCAGUGGAGCUUCACUGCAGCCAGGACCAGAACAUGUUUGUCACUAUCCUGUUUGGAGACAGCAGGAUGGAAAUGUUCAAUCUCAACUGUAAGCUGAUAAACUUCACUCGUCAUUUGAAGCAGACGUGCAGUCUGGACUUGAAUGAGUGUGUGGACUUGAUGGACAGCAGUGGCUCAGUGAUGAACUUAGAGGCGAGGCAGCACAGCGUGUCUCUGGCCAGCAGCAUCCUGGCACAGAGACAAUACUACGUCCUCCUGCGCGUCUGCCGCGAUGAUGAUACUGGGGCUCGUAAAUAUGUUUCUCUCUUAAACAACUAUAGCCAGAGUCAUCCAGAAUUAACAGAGUUGUUGAGGAAACUGUCAAACCCCCAAAAGGAGCAAGACAGACAGAUCAGAGGAAGAUGGAAACAGAGGAGCCUAACUGCCAACCAAACCAGGAGCAAGAAUGGUGCCGCAAAUAACAGGAGCCAUAAAAUGUAGUAAUGAGUCACUACACACUUUUUAUGUCUGAAUUCUUCAGUCACUUUUUUGUGUUAGUGAUUAAGUAAUCUGGGAUAUAUCUUUGGCAAAUGUAUGUUUCCUAUUUUAACAAUCUUUGUUGCCAACUGGGUUGUAGGUGGUCCUGUAUUAGAGGAUGUUUGAGGACGGAUGUUCUCAAACAGGAUGUUUGUUUAGAUUACAUCCACAGUAACACUCAAAGAUGUAUUAUUAUUAUCAUUAUUAUUAUUGACAUUUCUCUAUAGCGGACAAAUUGAUGUGUAAACUCAAUAUCAGAAGCCUGUGUAUCCAGACGUUGACCAGGUACAACAACUAUGGGAUGAAGAAAAUUAAAAUAAAUUAACAGGGAAAGUACUCAUCAGGAAAAAUAACAUUACAUUAUGGAUUUUCUGUUGUGGCAUUGUGCAUAGGCUUGUUGUGUUACACUGUAUUAAUAUUGUAGACGGACCAGUGUUGGCACAUUUGUUGUAGGUGUGAGUCUAUAGAAAGAAAACAUAUUUUUUGAUUGUGAUUUCCUCAGCACACAUUUAACAAUAAGGAAUAUGAUGCAUGAGUGAGGGGAGACCCCUGAGACCUGCCAGGGGUUAGAUAUGUUAACUGACAUACAUCCUGCAUUAAGGACUUGUUUGAAUAAAUGAGUGAACCAG